ACAGCAGCGACAUCCUGGGCCUCGUGGCCAGCGCGGACGGCGAGCUGCACUUCAGCCACAAUGGCUCGGCCGCCGGCAUGCAGCUGUGCGUGGACGCCUCGCAGCCGCUCUGGAUGUUCUUCGGCCUGCACGGGGCCAUCACGCAGAUCCGCAUCCUCGGCUCCACCAUCCUGGCAGAGCGGGGUACCCCAUCACUCCCCUGCUCCCCCGCCUCCACGCCAACCUCGCCCAGUGCCCUGGGCAGCCGUCUCUCUGACCCCUUGCUCAGCACGUGCAGCUCUGGCUCUCUGGGUAACUCUGCUGGUGGGACAGCCCCCAACUCACCAGUGAGCCUGCCUGAGUCACCAGUGACCCCAGGUCUGGGCCAGUGGAGCGAUGAGUGCACCAUUUGCUAUGAACACGCAGUGGACACGGUCAUCUACACAUGUGGCCACAUGUGCCUCUGCUAUACCUGUGGCCUGCGCCUCAAGAAGGCUCUGCACGCCUGCUGCCCCAUCUGCCGCCGCCCCAUCAAGGACAUCAUCAAGACCUACCGCAGCUCCUAGCCCAUUGCGGUGGGCCACCCCACACGCCCACCUCCUCGGGCUUCCGCCCAGCCCCAGCUGAGGAACAAGCCAGUGGGGCCCCUUCUCUUCCUCAUUUUGGAAACU